AUGGCGCCGGCCGAGAUGUUGUCGCUGUGCUUGUUGGUGGUGCUGGCGGCGGCUUCGGCCUCCGCUCAGGAGAUCAACAACCGCUUCCCAGACGGCUUCAUGCUGGGCUACGCCACGGCCGCCUACCAAGUGGAGGGCGCCUGGAACGAGGAUGGCAAGGGCGAGAGCAUCUGGGACCACAUGCUGCACGAGCACCCAGAGUGGGGCUGGAACGGCCAGAACGGCGACGUGGCCUGCGACUCGUACCACAAGUACGCCGACGACGUGGAGUGCCUCGUGAACGCCUCGGCCGACGCGUACCGGUUCUCCAUCUCAUGGCCGCGGAUACUACCGACUGGAGACCUUGACAACAUCAACCAGGCCGGCAUCGACUACUACAACAACCUCAUCAACCUGCUGCUCGCCAACAACAUCGAGCCUCUGGUGACGAUGUACCACUGGGACCUGCCGCAGGCUCUGCAGUACAUCGGAGGCUGGCCCAACCCCAUCAUGGCGGACUACUUCGUCGAGUACGCCAGACUGCUCUUCGACACCUACGGCGACAGGGUAAAGUGGUGGAUCACGUUCAACGAACCGUCGGUGUUCGCAGGCGGCUACGCCAGCACGGGCGGCCAGGCACCGGCGCAGAACGCCGUCGGCAUCGGCGACUACCUCACCUACUACACCGUCAUCAACGCGCACGCGCGCGUCUGGCACCUCUACAACGACACGUACAGGGCCACGCAGCAAGGCUACGUGGGCAUCACGCUCAACAGCGACUGGGCCGAGCCGCUCAACGCGUCAAGUCCCACCGACCAGGAGGCUUCGGAGAGGAGUCUGCAGUUUGGACUCGGCGCCUUCGGACACGCCCUGUUCACGGCGGAGGGCGACUGGCCGCCCGUCAUGAGGGAGCGCAUAGACGCCAACAGCGCCGCCGAGGGCCGGCCCCGCUCACGGCUGCCUACGUUCACGCAGCAGGAGAUUGAGUACAACAGGGGAACGACGGACUUCAUCGGCAUCAACACGUACGGAACCGGUCUGGUGACGUUGGGCGAGACGGGAAGCAUUCCGUCCUUCGCUCACGACCAGGGCGUCAUCGUGUCCAGGGAUCCUUCCUGGGUUGUCGGCGCCAGCGGCUACGUCUACCACGUCAACUGA